AUGUCCACGGAAGGAAAGACGAUUACUUGCAAGGCCGCCAUUGCGUGGGAAGCGAACAAGCCUUUGAGCGUAGAAGAUGUGCACGUUGCACCGCCUCGUGAAGGUGAAGUGCGUGUGCGCGUGACCUUUACGGGCCUGUGCCAUACGGAUGUAUACACCCUGUCUGGUGGCGACCCCGAGGGUGCCUUUCCCUCCAUCCUGGGCCAUGAAGGCGCGGGUGUGGUCGAGUCCACCGGUGAGGGCGUGACGGACGUGCGCCCUGGCGACAAUGUGAUCCUGCUCUACACGGCCGAAUGCCGCAAGUGCAAGUUUUGCACGUCGGGUAAGACGAAUCUGUGCCAGGCUGUGCGUGCGACACAGGGCCAGGGUGUGAUGCCAGAUGGCACGAAGCGGUUUACAUCGGCACGCACGGGACAGGAGCUCUUCCAUUUCAUGGGCACAUCGACAUUCAGUCAGUACACGGUCGUGUCGCAGUACUCGCUCGUGGCUGUGGACCCCAAGGCUCCGAUGGACCGAACGUGCCUGCUGGGCUGUGGCGUCACGACUGGGUACGGUGCGGCCGUCUAUACGGCCAAGAUUGAACCUCAAUCAACGGUCGCGAUCUGGGGUAUGGGCUGCGUCGGUCUUGCCGUAGCGUAUGGUGCGAAGGAGCGCGGUGCCAAGCGCAUCAUUGCCAUUGACAUGAAUCCGGCCAAGGAAGCGUGGGCCAAAGCGUUUGGCGCGACUGAGUUUAUCAACCCGAAGGACGUGCCACGUGUCGAAGGCGGUGAUGCGAUGGUGCAGCAUCUCGUUGCGAUCACCGACGGCGGUCUCGACUACACGUUUGACUGCACGGGCAACAUACAUGUGAUGCGCACGGCCUUGGAGGCGUGCCACAAGGGAUGGGGUGUAUCGACGAUCAUUGGUGUGGCCAAGUCCGGCGAGGAAAUCUCGACGCGGCCUUUCCAGCUUGUGACGGGCCGCAAGUGGCAAGGCUCGGCGUUUGGUGGUGUCAAGGGCCGGACGCAGUUGCCUGGUAUUGUGAACCGCUACCUGCAGGGUGACUUCAAGGUCGAUGAAUACGUGACGCACCGCGAGCCGCUCAGCCGUAUCAACGAGGGCCUGGAACACAUGCACGAAGGCCAAUGCAUUCGUUGUGUCAUAGACCUUGCGUAG